AUUUCCCACGCAACUCUACAAGAACAAGGUUGUUGUUACCCUGACUGUAACUCAUACACUGUCACCAACUUUUGCUAAAGUGUGGCGCCCCCAAAGUUUUCCUCUGGAUUCCACCUGAAUGGACAGGCGUUGCAAAUGCAGUACACCACUCUUGUAGUACACGAGGCCGUGGCGUGGGUGUUCAGCUGACGUCAGUUGGAGCCUGAGAUACACCAGUUUUCGCGGUCCUGUGAACCAAGUUCGCCAUGGAAAGGCGGUCCUCUUCGGAGUCCUUAGGAACCAUCGCAAGCCCAGAUAGUCCGCUGACGCAAUCAAAUAUACAGGAUUCUCGACACAUCGGCGCUCAUAGUGUCAGGAGCAGCCACGAGGACGUCCGCGUCGCGUUCACCGCAAGUGAGAUUGACAACCGGGCAUCAGGGAACUUUACUGGCACAGAAAUGAGUGGCUCCGAGCUUCGUGACGUUGCCUCGCGCGCAGUCGAGGAAAGCGUAACGUAUCGCAGCGAACCCCGUGCGAUGGAAUCGGAGCACCGUUCCUUCAGGGCAGAGGAAUUAACGACACGUGAGCGCCGAGCGGCAGAAUACCACGGAGCGGAACACACGCACCGAAGGUCUUACGGGCCGGAGCGUCAGCGGACCAGUUCCUGCAGCAGGAAGUACAAAGCGAGAGUCUCAAGCGAGAGGCACCGAAAGCGCAGCGCGAGCCCCCGAAGGCGUCGCCACGUCGACGAGCACAGGUACCGUGAAGACUACGAGCGUCGCCGGCGUAGCCUGAAGGCCGCUUCGCUGCGCCACUUGGUGCGAAGACGGUACUCCUCCUUGUCUUUCGGCGGCACCAGCAGUCAGUCGCGGUCGAGCGCCUUGUACAGAAGAGCGCAACGGCAGCCAUCACGUCGAAUGUCGGAGUAUACGAGGUCGACGCUGGAGGAACGCCGAGCGCGUCCGCGCCAUCUGCCGGCCGGCGAACCCGUACGUCGCGAAAGCGAUGGGCGGUAUCGCAGUGGAAUGUCUAGUGAUCCGCAUGCACCGGAAAUGGCUACGUUGACUGAUCCUCCGGUCAUUGUUGCAGUAAACUCGACCUCGCAGCCUGAACGUAUCAUACCAGAACUGCCGCUGGUAGGAUACCGUCUCGAGGACCCUCGCAAGGAAGACUACGCACCUGGAUUUCGUCGUGAUCCUCGCCCGCAAGAAUGCAAAUCGGCAAACGUCACAUCGUCGAUCUCUGAGCAACAUUACAAGAUGCAGCAACCCCAUGGUAUCGCUGCCGCAUCCGUGGGACACCCAGGUCAGGUUUCCAGAGAUAUUGAACACCCACCCAUGGUUAGAGCACACAGAGGUCGUCGGAGUGACAUGUGGCGCGUGGAAUUCCAUGAAGCGCAUUUUGUGCACCGUCCUGACUUGCGUCCUUGGCAUUACCAAUAUGAGGAGCAUCUGAACUUUUGUCCAAGAUUUCCAACACCAGUGGGCUCCCUUGUAAACUUUUUUACAGAGGGUCCAAGACCGGAAGAAUCCCUUGUGAAUUAUUGUCCAAGAUCAGUUGAGAACAUGGGGUGCUCGGAAGGAGUUUGGCAGACUUAUUACCCACAUUUAGGAAAUCGUUACGGCAGGGGCGCCAACCCGGUCCUAAGUUUCCAGCCACAGACAUGGAGGGACGCUUCAAGGAUGCGUCAGCCUCCACAGGAGGAAGAGACGUGGUUGGACUAUCCACGUGAACUGGCGGAUAUCAUAUUCGAAGGAAUGUUUGAUACUUUGAGAGCGCAGAGCGACGAAGUGGAAGCGUUACGAGCCGACAUGAGAAACGUCAGAAGCAGAAUGGCGGAUUUUAUUGAGUCCCAAAAGAAGGCCCAGGAUCAGUCACUGGCUUUUAUCGCUGCGGUGAAAGCACAAAUGGACAAACCUAAUUAGUGUUGUCAGGUUGAUCACUUUUUUGAGAGAUAUCAGCCCUCCAACGAAUUUCGUUAUGCAAAUGAUUUUUGCUUGAUUGGCAAUCUGUGUUUUGUAAUGUAAUUUGUUUUUCAUUUCACACAGGCACACACACACGCAAACAACAAGUUUUCUUGUAAUGAAAUGCUAACGGAUAAAUAAAUAACGCCGU